ACGAAACCGAGAAACCAACCAGGGCAGUUCAAGGUCCGAGUGCUGACGCCGCAACCCCCCAGAAACGCGAUUCGUGACAGCAACUCCUGCACAACGGCGCUGCAGGCGGGAAGGUUACAGGAUCACCGAUUGUUCCCCGCUGGACUUGCGUCCUGCUGUAGCGACCAGGCUCGGAUUCCCGAGCCGAGCCUGCCGACGUCGCCGGCGCCCAUGCUCCGGCGAACCUCGAAACCUACCUGACCUACCCUACCUCCCCGGAGCUGCCACAACUUCUGCCAUCCCACAAACGCCGGCGCGAACCACACCAGCCAAGAUGCCCACCCAGUGGGUAGACUGGUCGAAAACGACCCGAUCCAAAGACUACCGCGGCUCCGGCUCCUUCGCCACGUUCCUCAUCAUCGGCCCGGUGUGUUUUUUCCUAGGCAUCCUCUUCGCCUCAUUUCCCUACGACUUCCCGCUGCUGUGGACGUCGGACCCGCUCACGCCGUCGUACCUGGACCACCUGGAGACGCACCUGCGCUUCAUGCACCAGUCGCCGCCGCUGAUCGCGCGCAUGCUGCACAUCAUCAUCUUCGUCGGCUUCCUCGGCUUCUUCACCAAGCUCUUCCGCCCCUCCGAGGCCAACGUGCUCUUCGACGGCGGCAGCCUCAUGCUCUACGUCAUCGCCGCCGGCGUCUACCUCAGCAACAUCGUCAAGGGCAUGCGCGCCGUCAGCCAGCCCGGCGGCCUGGCCGCUGCCGCGGCCGCGGCCGGCGCCGCCACGACGGGGAACGGGGAGGAGGGCGCCGGCAGGUCGUCGGCCGGUUUGCAUCACCGGGGCCCGCUCUCGGGCGAGCUGGUGCUCGGGCGGGAGGACAGCCUGCGGGUGAUGAGCGCGAGCAGGGUGAUCUUGGCGCUGGUGCUGGUGGGCGUGCUGGUGCUGCAGGCGGGGCAAUGGUAUGCGGAGCGCAAGGAGGCGGAUGACUAUGCCAAGGCGGAGAAGGAGGCGGCCGAGAAGAGGGCGGCGGCCGCCGCGGCGGGGAAGAAGAAGCUCUGACGACGGUUGUGGUUGCGGUGGCGUUGCUGGUGAUGGUGGUGGUGAUGUUGAUGCUGCGUUGGGGCUUGCUGGGAGGGCGUGUUUUGGAUUGAGGCCCGGUAGCGAACGAUUUGGUUAC